GUUCGCCGAGCUGGGAAUUUGUGUUGCAGACGUUUCGUCCCCUGUCUAGGUGACAUCCUCGUGCUUGGGAGCCUCCUGUGAAGCGCUUCUGUGUUGUUUCCUCAAGGCAUGUCCAUGGCACUGUUUGGGGAAACUGUUUCUGUUUCAUUUUCCGAUCGGCUUCAGUAAAGGAACAGUUCAUCAGGAAUCCCCGCGGAGAGCAGGCACGCUGCUCACUCCAGGGAGGGAGGGAGACAGAGAGAGAGACAGACAGACAGACAGAGAAACACAGAGAGAGAGACAGACAGACAGAGACACAGAGAGAAAGAGGGACAGAGAGAGAAACACACACACACACACACAGAGCGACAGAGAGAGGGACAGAGUGUGAGAGAGAGAUAGAGACAGAGAGACACAGAGAGAAAGAGGGACAGAGAGAGAGAGAGACAGUGUGUGAGAGAGACCGAGAGACACAGAGGGACAGAAAGUGUGUGUGAGAGAGAGACAGACAUAGAGAGAGAGAAAGACACAGAGAGAGAGAGACAGAGUGUGUGAGAGAAAGACUGUGUGUGUGAGAGAGAAACAGAGAGACAGAGAAAGAGAGAGUGAGAGGCAGAGACACAGAGAGAGGAGUGUGAAAGACACACACAGUGUGAGAGAGAGACAGAAAGAAGCAGAACGUGUGAGAGAGACACACACACAGAGCGUGAGAAAGACACACAGAGAGUGAGAGACAGAGAAACAGAGAGAGCAGGAGAGGGCGGAGACAGGGUGGAGACACAGACACAUCAGGAUCUGUCAGACCUCCAGCAACACACAGGAUCCCAGAGACACAACGGAUCCCAGUUCACCGGAUCCCAGCAGGACUGUAAAGGACAGGAUCCCCGCAUUCUGGAUCUGGUGCCCGGGCGGGUUGAUCCGGACUGGAAGCGGAUUGCCUGAAGCUCCCUCCGGCAGUGUGUGCAGCUGCUCUCCCGGCUCCAGGGUCUCUCUCUCUCCCCGGGCUGUGCUUCCCCACCCCCCGGCUCCAGGGUCUCUCUCUCCCCGGACUGUCAGCUGUCCUCCCCAGGCUCUCUGGCUGCAGCAAUGCUCUGCAAUGUUGCCCUGGCUACUUGGCUGCUAACUGCAGCGUUUAGUUUUAGGAUUUCAAUGACAGAACAUACAACAGAACCAGUGUCCCUGAGUUUGGAACCCAGAAAUGGUUCAGAGGCAAGUCCAUUUAUCAUCUCUCAAUCUGCCACCCAAACAUCACUUACAACCGACACUGUAUCGAGUGCCAAUGGACCCCAUGAAGGUACUGCAUCCAGCCUUGCUGCUACAGUAUCCACAAGCACCAACGCUGCUGGCACAGAGAGAUCUACUUCAACAAACUCAAUCACUACUAGAGGGUUAUCAACAGUGACAACAGUAAGAGAUACCAAGGAUGUUGCUACACAUUCCCAACAAGUCCUUAUAUUUGAAACAGGGACAACAGAUGCUACAAGUAAGCCACAGUCAACUUUAAAUUAUUCAACAGAUACAAGUCCAUCAUUGUCCAUAUCAACCUCAGCCCAAAAAACAGAUCAAUUCUCUACAUCACCAACUGCUGCCACUUCCCAAACUACAGUGAGCUCACAGCCUCCUUCAAGUUUAUCCCCAUCAACUGACAUCAGCACACCACCAUCAAAGUCAACAAUUAUCAAUGUACCAACGUCAACGUCAACUUUCAACGCGUCUACAAGUUUAGGACAGUUAUCUACCCCAGUCCAAGUGCUCCCAGCAUCUACUUCAGUCCAAACUGCAGGAAAAUCGAGUACACAGUUCAGUUCAACCAUUGCCCAGACCGUAGCUACUACAAGUCUACCAGAGACUUCCAGCACUGUCAAUCAACAAACCGAACCAACAUCUGUACCAACUGUAACUUCCACUGCACCCCAGACAGAAACCAGCAUGACGACAUUGGAAACCACUUCUGUCAUGAGUGAAAAGGAAACAGUUGCUGUGAUCUCAACCUCUUUGUCUUCAUUGUCGACUCCAACACCAUCAGCUUUACCUGAACUGACUUCAAAAACCUCUGUCAACACAGCAACCCGUCCAACCCAGGAAUCCACUGCAAACACUGAAGGAUUCCCAAACCAUUCGAGUGCAGGAAGUGUAGCAGCAGUCUCUGUAGUGGUUAUCUUAGCAGUGUUGGUCUUACUUGGAGGAUUCAUCUACUUUAAAUUAAGAAAUUCUGGGUAUGGACGACUGCUGGAUGAUCAGGACUAUGGGACAUGGGGUAAUUACAAUAACCCUUUGUAUGAUGAUUCUUAAGAAGACACACUGGCUUUCUAGGUUUGUUUUUAUCCAACCAUCUAAUGAAAAGUGUUGUUUUUUUUAUUUGUUGAGAAAACUUGGCCAAACAUAAUUGAAUUUCUUCGAUUUCUUCCCAUUUAUUUUGUUCUGAUUUAAAUUUGUUCAUCCUCUUCUGAAUUCCCUCUGUUAUGCAAAAUGGUGGAUUCCUCACACACAUCAUCAUCAUCAUCAUGACGAAGAGAUGCAGUAAAUAGUUGAGACAAAUGAAGAUUUUCCGAGUAUUCCUAAGUUAAGGAUGAUGUUAGUGCUGCAGUAAUUCCUGUUCUCAGCAGUCCUUCUAUACAAACACCACCAAACAAAAAACAACAUUGAAAUGAUUACAGGGGACUGAAAUAAGAUUCAGUGUGCUGCUGACACAUUUUGAACAUCUUCACGAGACUUCAAUUUUAUUUUGAAACCUGGAUUGGUGAUCAACUAAGAGAUUCCAGGAAUUGUGACUCUUGAAUGGAAUUCCUGUUCAGGUUUCUGUCUUGCUGUAUAACUGUGUGUGUGUGUGUGGCUGUCACCAGGUUACUCAUAACUCAGCGUUGACUUUCCAAAAGUAAUUUCAUCGCAGUUCAGUUUCCAGCCCAGAGCUUUGACGGCGAUAAAUGAGAGAUGGGGAUUUUGAGGUUUAACGCAGCACCAUCUUCAGCAGUUCCCCUGGCAUUACAUACUGUUGACAAGGAUCCAUGCUGCCACGGGUACAUGACCAAAUCCCUCCUUCACAGUUUUUGAGAAUCAUUUCUUUUCAAAUUCCUUCAUGGUGACAGUGGUAAUGUCAGUAUGUGUUGCCCAUCCAUGUUGCCCUUGAACUGUGUGGCUUGUUCAGCCAUUUCAAUCAAGAGUCGCCCACGUUGCUAUGGGCCUGGAGUCACAUUUAGGCUGGGCCAGGUAAGGAUGGCUCAUUUCCUUCCCUAAAGGACAUUUAAUUACUGCCUCCAAUAACUAUGAAAAUACCCCACAGUUACAAUAACUUGAUGAAUCUGUGAAAUAAUGUGUGGUCAGAAAUUGAUAGGAAGUGGUUAGGUGUUGUUUUGAUAAUCAUUUCAAUAUAAGUCUUGUGUGAUAUCUUACAUGCAAAUCACUGAGGUUUCUAAAAAAGCAGAAUCAAUUGAAACAGACUGUUUAAAAACUUGGCUGAUUAUUUAAUGUAUUUCAUGUCAGCUACACAGUGUGUGGAGGCAGUAACUUAUAGUUCAGUCAGAUGACUGGAUAUUUUUAAGCUGUUGGAACCCAAGCCAGUAUUCAUUUGCAAAUUCCAGUUACACUUCCAGAAAUACACAACCUCAUAAAAUACAGCAGGAUCACGGGAUGGUACUUGGGAAAUAAAUCUUGUAAAUGAUGCAGCAGGUCAGAUGACACGAGAUUUGCUGAUGAGACUAAGUUAUUUAGCAAAGUGAUGUGAUUAACAGAAACUGAUCACAAUGGACAGAUUGGGGCAGGUUGAGGAGCACAGCAAGGACAGAGUUCUUUUUGAAAUGAGAAAGAGGAACAGGAGCUAUUAAUAUUGAUUCAUUCACGGGAUGUGGGUGUCACUGGUUGGUCAGCAUUUACUACUAUCCCUAAUUGUCCAGAGGGCAUUGCUGUGGGUCAGGAGUCAUGUGUAGGCCAGACCAGGUAAGGAUAGAAGUUUCCUGAAGGAUAUUCGUGAACUUGAUGGGUUUUUAUGCCAACCAGCAUGACUCGGCCACUUUAUAUAUCUAUUCCUGACUUUUAUUGAAUUCAAAUUUCCACCAUUCACCAUGUUCCCAGAACAUCAAGCUGGGGUUCUGGAUUCCUAAUCCAGUGACAUUAUCACCUCCCCCGUUUGAGGUGGGAAUUCAUGUGAUAAAAUCUCCAGGGAUAUGUCAUGCCUGAGUUAGUGACCCAACAUCCAGAACUGUCACCCAAACAGAUGAUGCUGAAACAGGAAACAGCCUCACCUCAGCCCCUGGGUCCUGGCCCAGUGUCUGCUGUUUACUGAAACUGAACACACCUGCUCCAGCACCGCAGCCUCUUUGUGCCUGACUUUGGCCCAAUUAAGUCGGUGGGGAAAUAAACACCCAUUUUUCAUCCAAACUAAUCCUAAUGGUUGGAGGGCAGAAGUGGCAACUUUACAGACCCUCUUUGUAGCCUGAGCUGAUCAACCCAGCUGAUUAAAUUCUUAUUGCGGUCUCACGAGUGUUUCCAUGAUAUCAUUGUUUUGCAAUGGGUAGCAAUGAUAUGUUAUUUAGAUUGUGAGGUUAAAGGUCGACACAAUCAACUUGGAUGGAUUGGUUAAAGUACAGAUCAACUAAUGGAAUAGCAGGACAAGGCAGAAGGUUGAAAGGCCUCCUCCAGUUCAGAUAACUCCUUACCAGAUACAAUCUGGAGUUCUGAAUGAUCAUUUUUGACAGUAGAAUUAAUUGGCCAAAGUUUAUAAUCCAGGAAUCGUGAGGAUGGUGUUUGAACUACCAGGUAAAUUCUCACACGGUGCUGGAUUCAAACAGCGUGAGCCUAUAAUCUCAGUCUGAGAGGGAAUCAGGAAGUGUUGCUGAAUAUACAUUAAACGAGGUUUUAUCAUAAGUACAGAAUGAUUGCACAUGAUCAUUCGGGGCAUGGAUAGGGUAAAAAGGUGAAGUCUUUUCCCUGGGGUGGGGGAGUCCAGAACAAGAGGGCAUAGGUUUAGGGUGGGAGGGGAAAGAUAUAAAAGGGGCCUAAGGGGCAACUCUUUCACACAGAGGGUGGUACGUAUAUGGAAUGAGCUGCCAGAGGAAGUGGUAGAGGCUGGUACAAUUACAAUGUUUAAGAGGCAUUUGGAUGGGUAUAGGAAUAGGAAUGGUUUAGAGGAAUAUGGUCUGGGUGUUGGCAGGUGGGACUAGAUUAGGUUGGUAUGUCUGGUCAGCAUGGAUGGGUUGGACCGAAGGGUCUGUUUCCAUGCUGUACAUCUCCAUGACUGACAUGACAGUAGAUCGGGAAUUUCCUUGCGAUGCAAAGAGGAAGUAGAAAGGAAUUUCGCAAUUAUUUUUGGUAUACUUAACAUAUUACAGUUUCUGGUAUCAUUCAGGAACAGAUAAUAAGGUCAUUUAUCACAAAGGGAUGAACCCACAGCCCCUCAGGCCAUAUUAGGUACAGGUGUGUUGGGGUGAGGCUAAAGUCAGAAGUCACAUGACACCAGAUUAUAAUCCAACAUCUUUAUUUGAAAUCACAAGCAGCUCCGUUGGACUGUAACCUGGUGUCAAAUGAGUUCUGACCUCCACACCAGGGGUGAGGGUAGGCUCAGCACUGAGGGCACACAGCACUUUGGGAAGUUUGAGGUGGGAGGUAAAACUGACUCCCUGUCCCCAUGGACCCUCAGGUCAGUGUAAACAAUCCUGUGACAUCAUUUCAAACAAGAGCAGGUGAGUUUUCUCCCGUGCCCUGAGUUACUAGGGCAGACAGUCCAGGCAUUGUCAUGUGUGCAGAGUGUCUGCUACAGCACAGACCUCAUUGACUGUGAAGCAUUUUCAGAUAGCCUCACGCUGCUGAAGGGGCUGAUUUUCUCCUUAUCUGUUGCACUAGUUAGUUCUUGGAGGAACGAAAAUCCCUAAAAAUAAAGUGAUCCCUGAAAGAUUUGUCAUGUUUGAGCUAUUAGCACACAUUCACGCUGGGAAUGUUGCAAUGUGCCUUGCCCUUUUGAAAGAUUAAACCAUGCUAUUUUUAAUGUAAAUGUGUUGUAACUGGUAUAUAUGACGUUAUUUGCACUAUGUACAAGAGUCUGUGUAAAUGCUUUGUUUGGCCUUUGAGACAGCUCUACACUGUCUUUCACAGGAAACCUGUAUCAGAGCAAAGAGUUGACUGAUAUUAAAUUGGAAACCUGUUGCAAAAUAUUUAUAUCUUACUCUUUGCUAUUUGUGAACAAUCAAUGAACGUAUUGAGAGAGAACAUGCAAUGACUAUCACUUGAGUGUGA